AUGGCACCUCUUGUGUGGCUCGUGACUGGAUGCUCUUCUGGCUUUGGCCGAAGUUUUGUUACCCAAAUUUUGGCACGGGGCGACCGUGUUAUUGCGACAGCCCGAAAGCUUGACAGUAUCCGAGACUUGGAAAGUGCCGGAGCCAAGACAUUGCAACUUGAUGUUACAGAUGACCAACAAAACUUGAACAAGAUCGCAGAGCAGGCCAUCGCUGUAUACGGCGCGGUAGAUGUGCUCGUCAACAAUGCUGGUUCUUCCACCGGGGCGUCUUGGGAAGAAGCAAGCGUUGAAGAAGUGCGACAACAGUUUGAAACAAACGUGUUUGGAGUUUUCAAAGUUACCAAAGCAUUUUUGCCAUAUUUUAGAGAGCGAAAAGAUGGCAAAAUAGUAUUCUUUAGCUCUCUGGUUGCUUGGGUUGGGCACCCAUUUGGCGGCGCAUACUCCGGCUCCAAGUUUGCCCUCGAAGGUCUUGUUGAGAGUCUUUGGAGAGAGACUUCCCCUCUGGGUAUCAAGACGAUGCUUGUUGAACCGGGGCUAUUCCGAACGUCGCUCGGAAGUAAUGCCAAAUAUCACGAAGCGCAGAUUGCGGAAUACAAACCUGCCUCGCAAGCUUUGUUGGGUAUGCUUGCCGCACUUGGAGGAAAGGAGCCAGGUGACCCGGAAAAGGGAGUGUCACUCAUUUUGGACUUUGUUCGUGGCGAGGGUUCGGCGGCUGGUCGCGAGAUGCCCUUUAGGUUGCCGUUGGGAACUGAUGCAUAUCAAGGAAUCACCGGGAAGUGCGAGGAAACACUGAACUCACUUAAAGAGAACAAGGACCUUAUCUGUAGCACAGACUUUUAG